AUGGCGUCAACAUCCAGCUUCACAAAACCUUCUCAAAUAAAAAAAGGCUCGACCCCGAAAGCGCCUCAAACUCCCUCCAUCCAUAUUGCCACAGAUCUUCCAUGUCCCGCCGACAAAGACACUGGCCCUAUGCCUCGCCCCUCUUACUCCGUUAGCGAUAUCUGCCGCGUUCAGAACAUCCUCCUGCACUUCGUACCGGUCGAGCUGGCAGAUGUCAUCAUUGACCUAGCCGAGUAUUGGCCUUGGGUUGCAGUUUCCCGAAACUCUUUUAACUCAGCUUAUUCUGCGUUGGAGGCCCCCGACAACAAUGCGCAAUGGUGUUUUUUGGUCACUCCAAAAGUACCCUCUAUUGAGCGUGCCGGUGUUAGCGUGCCUACUAUGGUAAAAAUGGUUAAAUUCUUCAUCAAGUCUUACGAAUCUUGCUAUGAAAAAACCAAGGAAUCUAGAGCAGCAUCAGACGUCACAAGCAGCUAUACAACUUGGUUUGAGUCCAUGAUCCUUCGACAUGGGGAAUCCAUACCAACGUACGAGAGCCCCAUACGUCCAAACAACUGGUUCUCCGGCCUUGCUGCUCCUCACCCAAAAUAUCUUAAUGACUUCCAAGAGUGUGAGCUUGCUGGUGCGCCAAUAGCUAAUCCUAUGGAUGACCAAAAACGAUGGCACGUCGCAACGAGUUCUCCGUCGGCAAAUCCUGGCUCAACCGGAGACAAUUCACAAGGAUGGCAUGAGGUCACUUGGAAAUACAACGACCCAGUGCCAACCGAAGCUGUUAUUGAAAGCAGCAACCCAACCGCUCGAGCUUCGACAGGUGCGGGGUUUGUUAAUUCCCUCUCCGUUGGCGACCAAAUAGUGCUGAUGGCCAGAGCAUUGUCCCCUGGUUGGAUUAAUACUGUCUUCAACGUGAAGGUUGAAGUUUAUUACGCUUUUUCAUCCUCUUAUUUUUGA